GAGCCCGGGUGGGGGGGGGGCGGUAAGUGAGGGGCCUGGCCCGGCCGGGGGGGGGCUUCGUGAGGGAGGGGGCGGUGGCGGCUGUGGUGUGAGCGCCUAAUCGCGACCUGCAGGGGCUGCCCUGUCUUGUUUUUCUCUUUUACAGACUUCGCAGCGCCCAGAAGCGAGCGUGGUCCCUUCGUGACGGUGAACAGGACUCCUAAAGCUGCCGCAGUGCCCUCAGAUAAUGUUUUGAAAACCUCCCGUGGGUGUCUGUGCCCCACGGAGCAGGAGCUCCCGUGGCAGUUAAGACUUUCUUGGCAAAUCGCUUGGUCUGUCAUCCCAUCAGAAGAGAACUGGAUGCAACUCUUCCAGCCUUGCUGUUGCCCAAGUGUCAAUUAAGUGGAUUGUCAAGUUGGCUUGAAAAAAAAACAGCAGCAGAAGAUGUUUCAUGUUGUAAAGUAUCAGCCUUUGAGACUGAUAACCCAAAGCAGUCUUUCUGGCUUGUGUUUAAAACUGAUGUUUUCAAGACCUGUAGCGUUUGCACAGAUAUGGAAGUCGUGGUUCUCAAGCCAUUCUCUUGUUGGAAACAAAAAUAUUAUCCUGAUGGGACCUCCAGGUGCCGGGAAAACAACAGUUGGGAGAAUAGUAGGUCAGAAACUGGAUUGCCCUGUCAUAGAUAUAGAUGAUGAUGUCCUUGAAACAACCUGGAAUAUGAGUGUGUCGGAAAAGCUGCAGGAUGUUGGUAAUGAGCAAUUUUUAGAGGAGGAAGGAAAAGCCCUGUUGAAGUUCUCAGCAUCUGGAAGUGUCAUUUCCCUUACUGGGUCCAAUCCGAUGCAUGCUGCUGGCAUGCAGCAUGUGAAGAAAAAUGGAAUAGUUGUGUAUCUGGAUGUGCCCACAGCGGUUAUUAUGAGCAGGCUGAAGUCAAUGAAGGUGGAUCGCAUUGUGGGCCAGGGGCCUGACACUUCUCUCAAGGACAUCCUUCAGUUUAGGAAGCAGUUCUACAAAAGGUGGUACGACAUCCGCGUUCUUUGUGGAGGGGAUGUGGCAGCAGAGGUCGUGGCAGAAAAGGUACUUGAUGCUGUGAAGAGAUACCAAAACUCAGAACUGGAAACUUACAUUUCAACUAGGUCUAGUAGGUCUGGAAGGAGCACACAAAAAGACACUCACAAGUAUUUCAGUGACGUUGUUAUUGAGGGCUUAGCCCCUGAUGGAGGGCUCUUUGUUCCUGAGAGAGGACUUCCAAAAUUCACUGCCGAAGAGUGGCAAAGCCUAAUAGAAGCAACGUAUGCUGAAAGAGCCCAGGUGGUACUCGAGAGAUGCAUACAUCCUGCUGAUAUUCCUGCAUCGAAACUGGGAGAAAUUAUUGGCACUGCUUAUGGAGAAAACUUCUCUUGUUCUAAAAUUGCCCCAGUUAGGCAUUUGACAGGCAAUCAGUUUCUCCUUGAGUUAUUUCAUGGACCGACAGCUUCAUUUAAAGAUUUUGCCUUACAGAUGAUGCCGCACAUAUUUGCGUACUGCAUUCCCAGGAGCUGCAAUUACUUGGUUCUGGUAGCUACUUCUGGUGACACAGGGAGUGCUGUCCUGGAUGGCUUCAGUCGUCUCCCUGACACUGACAAACAGAGAAUUGCUGUCAUGAGUUUUUUUCCUGAGGAUGGAGUAAGCCCCAUUCAAAAAUCACAGAUGAUUGGCUGUCAGAAGGAAAACGCCUGGUCCAUAGGCGUCAAAUCCGAUUUUGAUUUUUGCCAGACAGCUAUAAAACAAAUCUUUACCAAUUCUGAUUACACCGGUUUUCUUACAGUGGAAUAUGGCACAGCUUUAGCAGCAGCAAACUCCAUAAACUGGGCACGACUGCUUCCGCAGAUAGUUUAUCAUGCCUCUGCAUACCUUGAUCUCGUUCAGCAAGAUAUUAUUGCUUUUGGAAGUCCUGUAGAUGUUUGCAUUCCUACAGGGAACUUUGGCAACAUAUUAGCUGCUUUGUAUGCUAAAAUUAUGGGAAUCCCUAUUAGAAAAUGCAUUUGUGCUUCCAAUGAAAACAACGUUUUGACUGACUUUAUACAAACAGGUAUCUAUGAUUUGAGGGGAAGAAAGUUAGUUCCCACUUUCUCACCAGCAGUAGAUAUUUUGAAGUCCUCCAAUCUUGAGCGGUACUUGCACCUGAUCGCUGAUGGUGAUGGACAACUGGUGACACAAUUGUACAACCAGCUGGAAAAUCAGGGCCACUUUCAGCUGCGGAAAGAUCUACUUGAAAAGCUUCGGCAGGACUUGGUGGCUGGCUGGUGCUCUGAGGACGACUGUCUCGCUGCCAUUCACUCAGUAUACAGCACCACGGGAUAUAUUUUGGAUACACACACAGCUGUUGCUAAAGUAGUUGCAGAUCGAUUACAAGACAGGACUUGCCCAAUUAUUAUUUCAUCUACAGCUCAUUAUUCGAAGUUUGCACCUGCUAUCUUGAGGGCCUUGAGGAUUGCGGAAAUAAAACAGAACCCAUUAAGUCAGCUUCACUUGCUGAGUUCUUACAGCCCUCUGCCUCCAGUCCACUGGGGCCUAUUAGAGACACUGAAAAAGAAUGAGAAUGAGGAUCACCAGGUCUGUGCUGCUGAUCUCAGUGUGCUGAUGUCCCGUAUAGAAACCUUAAUUCAAAAUCAUUUUAUGAAAGUUUUCUGAGCAACUGGUCAGACAUCCACUGUGUCAAUUGUGUGCUUUAACCAUCCGCAUGCUUUAAUAAAGUCACGAUUUGUCUGGCCUGUGUCCAGGCCACAGCGUAACAUCUGCAGGGUUAUAUUCAAUUGUCUUCAGCGGUAUUUUUAAGUAAUGCAUGUGAGAUUUGUAGUGGUGCUGAAGGGUUCUGAACUGAGAGGACAGAAGCCUGGAGUACUCUUUUGCAGGCCACGCAUACUAGAGACAGCAGCUGUGCAGGCUUUCCUUGGCAGUGCUGUCCCCUUCACAAGCCUGGAGCAUUCUCUCCUGAAGGAGGAAGGUAAUGAAGUCUGACCUUUGUGAAACAGAUAGCUGUCGUUUUGUUGCAAGAAUGAUGUGAUCACUUGGCCAGGGGGUGAUUGGUUAAACUCUCACUUCACUUAGGGCACUGAAACAUAAUAUGAUAGUGAUGAUGCUCAAAUGUUACUGAUGAGGGUUGAUUUCACUAUGAAGAUUAAAGUAUACUUGUGUUAUUAAUCCUUGAACCAUGCAAUUUGAUGGUAUGCUGUCGUCUUAUACAGUGUGUUUUUGUGUGUGUGUUGUGAGGCCAACAUUUAUGCAAAAAGUCUAGUUAUUUGUUUUUUCAGAUAGUAACAGCCCCCCCCCCCCCCCCAGUAUUUUCCUGUAUAAAACAGAAUCCUUCAUUCAAUAUUUAUAAUUUUUGAGAUGUGACUCUUUCUACAGUGUACUGUAGUCUUUCCUAGAUCUCUUCUAUUUCAAUUUUCAACUUCUGAAUACUCUUCUAAUGUUAUAAUUUGUUAGUGUUAGCAGCAGUCUCCUUUAAAUAAGAUCCAAACUGUAUUUAUUUACAUUGAUUUCUUGUAUUCUAUUUUUUAUCUUAGAGGUCAUGUAGCUUUCUUAUUCUAAUUACCUCUGUUAUCAAAUUUUUUUUAGAGUAAUUUCAUUGACAUUCAAUUCGUGCAAAGCAUGAAUUACAUUACGAAGGAAGCUUCUCAGAGUUCUUGAUAUCUCAUCAAGGAAAAGCGAAGGAUGAAUUUCAGUGUCUGGCAAGCGCGAUAGCAUCAGAAGUAUUCAUUGUUUAACCUGAAAUAGAUCUGUGCUACCAAUCUAUUUUUGCUAAUGAUGACCUCUUUAUUUAUUUAUUUAUUUAUCAGAAAACAGAGCAGGUUGCCUUAGGAGAUCAUGUGGUUAUGGGCAAACUUACUCUGUUAACUGUAGAUUUUAUUUCACAAGGGUUUAAAAUGUAACUAGAUUUCACAGUAUGAGAAAUGAUAAAAUGAUGAUUGGCAAGUUUUGAAUGUUAUCCAGUUACAGGUAAGAAGGUAAAAGUUCUGAGGAGUGAGGACGUGCAGCUAUGGGAGGCUGUGGUUCCCACCAAGACACAAAAAGGGAAAGGUAUUGGCAAGAGGGUUGGUAAUUGGUAAUGUUUUUGCCUCUUUGAGAGUCAACACCUCACAGGUGUCAGAACUCAUUAGGGGCUUUGAUCAGUUGCCAAAAUACAGACACAAGAUAAUGCUAAUAGAAUCAUUCCACCCCCUUCCCUUGUGUGUCUGCUCGCAUUUUUUGUCACAUUAGAGAUGAAGAAAACACCAUCCAGCAAACUACUUGAAAAAAUUCUGUUUAUGUAAAGUGUUCCAGUGUAAGCUAAAAGACCCAAGCAUGAUUCUACAAUGUGCAUUUGCCCCAGUGAUAUGUUAUAUAAUAAAGUUGUAUGUAGCUGAUAAAGGUGUGACACAAUAGCCCUUUAGAUUCUGCCAUUCUUGGAUGCUUUUUGAGGAUCUUUCUUGUUACUUUCUCUGUUCAGACCUUGUUUCUUAUUUCUGCAAUAACUUUGGAAAAUCAUUUUUGUAACAUGAGGAUGACCAAUUGUUCUUUUUUUU